UCUCAGAGGAAGAGAGAGCCAGUCCUCCUCCUCCUCCUCCUCAGCACACACCUCCAGACACACCAACCUCACACAACUCUGUGCUGCUCUGUGUCUGUCAAGACUGUUUCGAUGGAAAGGAUCAUUUUAUCAUUUUGUCCAACAGCUGAAGAGACAUAAACCUGCACAGUUUCCACUCCUCUUUGGGCUCUAUAAUCGGGUUUUCUAUUGGUUUAUUGCCUCCAAGCAGCCAGCACAUCACAGACCGUCGGGAGCAUAAGAGAAAAUGAUGAACAACCGAGAUCGCUGGAGGGUGUUCAAGAGUGUGAGCGUCAUGUUCUUCCUGGCCGUGGUGGGGCUGACGGUCGUCCAGCGAGGGAGCAUCAACGUGGUGGCUCCCUUCGAGCUCCAGAGGCGGGCUCGCAUGGACGCCUCCGAGGGAGCGGAUCCUGGAGCUGCUCCGGAAGACUCGUAUCGGGCGAUGAACAGCUUCUGGAAGGCCAGCAAACGCCAAACAGCGCCUAAAGCUCGGGCCAACACGCAGAAGCCCCGGAUCACUGAGGACAACGUCGUCAGAACCUGGGAUGUAACCAGCUCCAACUGCAGCGCCAACCUCAACCUCUCGAGUCAGGAGUGGUUCAGGGGUCUGGAGGACAAUUUCAAGCAGUUCAUGCUUUAUCGACACUGCCGCUACUUCCCCAUGCUCUUCAACCAUCCAGAGAAGUGUGCGGGGGACGUAGAUUUGCUCAUGGUGAUAAAAUCGGUGGCCACCCAACACGACCGAAGGGAGGUCAUCCGAAAAACCUGGGGCAAAGAGCAGCUGGUUGACGGCAAGAGGGUAAAGACCCUCUUCCUUCUCGGUAAACCGUCCAGCGUGGCGGAGAGAGCGAAUCACCAGAAGCUGGUGGAGUACGAGGACUACAUCUACAAGGACAUCCUCCAGUGGGACUUCCUGGAUAGCUUCUUCAACCUCACGCUCAAGGAGACUCACUUCCUCAAGUGGUUCCACACGUACUGCCCCGGCGUGCGCUACGUCUUCAAGGGGGACGACGACGUCUUUGUCAGCGUGGGGAACAUCUUUGAGUUCCUAGAAAGCAGCAGCCGUGCGAAGGACCUGUUUGUGGGGGAUGUGAUUUUCAAGGCUAAACCCAUUCGUAAAAAGGAAAACAAAUACUAUAUCCCUGUGGCGCUGUAUAAUAAGACGCACUACCCUCCGUAUGCAGGUGGAGGGGGUUUUCUGAUGGACGGGACCCUGGCGAGGAGGCUCCACUGGGUGGCGGACACGCUGGAGCUCUACCCCAUCGACGAUGUCUUCUUGGGCAUGUGUCUGGAGGUGCUCCAGGUCGCUCCUAUAAAACACAACGCCUUUAAGACGUUCGGCUUGGUGAAAAAUAAGAACAGCAAGUUGAACAGAGAACCUUGCUUCUUUAAGAGCAUGAUCGUGGUGCACAAGCUGCUCCCGUCGGAUCUCAUGCACAUGUGGAAUCUGGUCAACAGCGACCUGGUGUGCUCGCAGAGAGUGGAGAUCCUAUAGCUCGGUGGGAAACACCGGGUAAGGACAGCGCCGACGAGCUGAGCUGUACCUCGGUGGAUACUGGUGCGAUGAAACGAGAGUCCCAGUAAAACUCUCCUUUAUGUGGAGAGGGACCACGGACAAUAUUUUGAAUUUGCUGUUUCUGUGCAGUGGUGCAAUAUUUUGGAGGAGUUUCCUCAAAAGUCAAGUAAAUUAUGCAGAGUUUUUAACGGUUGUAGAAUCGUGUAUUUAUAUUGGCAUUUUGAAGGACUCGCACUGUCAGCACGCAGAUUCAGAGACAACGACCAAAGUUGAGCUUCAACGGGCGCGUUACGAGGAGGGCUCGCUUCACGAUUACAGGCUGUUUAUUCUGUUGAAUUGCAUAUUUGUGAUGGGUCCCCACCUUAUCACAGCCAGACCAUGGAUGUAUAAUAGCACCUGGAUACGGCUCAGCCAUGCUUCCAAUUUUUUUCCAGUGGCCACUCGCCGUAUUGCAGGGAAAAGCCCAAAAAGCAUUUUCCCCAUAGGCCGCCAUUGUAAAAGAGACAUCUGUAAAACUGUUGACAGGACACCUCGAACUGCAAACAAAGUCAAUUAUGACUCUUUCUAUUAUGAAUUUCAUCCAUGGAGAUUUUCUAUUCAUAAAACUUCCCUCGAGCCAAGAAAAAUGAUGUCAAUUUUAAACCCAGAAGCUAGAAAACUUUUGGGGCGUAUGCACCAGGUGAGCAAUUCUCAUUGGCAUGAAUAGGCGCCAUCUCUUGGGGUCCGGUAUCCAGUUCUUAUAAUACAUCCAUGAGCCAGACACACACCCUCGUCCUCCCCUCUUCAGUGACCAAUACCUGUUUUUCCUCCUUCCUUCUGGUUCGAUACGAUGGAGGUUUAUUUUUUAUUGGCCAGGAAGCUUGUGGCAGUGACACCAAAUCCCCAACGGUCGCAAACCAAUUAAAUGUGAAUACACUACAAAAAUGACAUUUAUUAUGAGGACAAGUGGUAAACAAAUCCAUGAAUGAACCAUGUAUCAUAUUGUGCUUUUGGAUAGGUCAGAGGGUAAAUAUGUUUGGUUUAGUUUCUUGGAAAUCAAAAGGGCGGUUAGCAUCAGUUUGGUGCCCUGGAGCUCGGGUUGGAAAGCCAUUGCACAUGCUGCACAGCCUCUAGUUAUGUUAGCAUUUUGGGUUACAUGCUACCUUCAUUUGGACGAGUACUGUAUGGCAGCUGCUGCAGUGGCUUCAAAUGAACUAAGAGAAGGAAAUGGCUCUCUACCUCAGUGAUUCGGUCAAAAAAAUUUCAUCAUUGGUCACCCUUUCUACUGUAACACUGAUACCAUUAGAUUUUAAUCACUUUUUGUAUCGUAGAGGUCCUUGCACUUGUUUUUCUUGUUUUGUUUUUUUAAUGUGACUGACUUGACGUCUACUACUCCUAUACUACUGGAAACCUUUAAAAAAAGAAAAAGAGUCUAAACUUGUUACAGGUUUGCUGUCCGUGGAUUUGAAUGUGCUGAUAUACUUGAUGUGGAUUUGACAGAGGGUUUACAAUGACACUGUGAACUAAAACUAUUGCUGGUACGAGUAUAUGACAUGUUAAUUUAAUCCCCAAUAAAAAGGGGUAAAUGUGGGAUUCUUUGUAUUUAAUUUAAAGCGUCAUAUUAACGGGAUGAUUAUAAAGCGGAAUGUUGUGGGUGUAGCGGGGGAUGAUUACGUCUAGGUGAUGUAAAUAUAUGUAAAAAAUCUAAAUGUACAUAGAAUGAAAUUUGUAAAUAAAUAUCUUGACAGUA